AUGGCCGGCUCCCGCGAGAGAUUGCUCUAUGAAAGGAGGCCUGAUUACGAAUAUGAAUACGAAUUCAGGCGCCGAUAUGAGCCGUACGACCGGGAGAGCCACAGGGACACCAAUCGAUACCGGCAGGAGAGACGGCGGGAUCUACACGACCGACCUCGACGCAAGAACGGCUAUGUGUAUGAAGAUAUAUACUCCGAUUUCGACGAAGCACAGGGUCGAUUAUCUCUGUUCAGACCCAUUAGGCCUGAGUACUUGAACCUCCCGACGACUUACGACAUUAAGUACAACUCACUGCCGAGGAAUUAUUAUAACUACGAAGACAGGAACAAUCGGAGGUACAAGAAGGAUCAUUACGAUUUUAGAAUCGAAAACGAGAGACGAACGCGGGAAUCUUAUGAAUCUUAUAGAAAGGCUGUCGAAACUAGACCAAAAGAUACAAUUCCGAAUACAAAAAAUCCGAUACAACCGAAAAACGUUGCGAUAUGCAAGCCGCAUCGUAUAUCAAGCAAGAGUGCUCAGUACUGGACGACUGACUCGCCCGAGAGAGGCCGACCUCGUCCGAAGAAGCCCGAAGAGCCGAAAAAGAACGUAAAAUUUUCCGAAGUGUCUGGUUGUAACAGAAAGAUGGUGGUCGACGAUCCUAUUUGCGGCAGGAAAUUGGUACCGGUGAGAGAAUUGGAGGUUUCCUUGGACCAGAUGAUACAGAAUGGUUAUUUUGAGAAGCACAACAUUCCGAUAUCGAAGCCGGUAGAGGGGGGGAUGAAGGAAGAGAUAAAAGCGGCGGGCAGUGCCGUGCCAAACGGGAAGUGCUUAUCGGGCGGCGGGAAGGAAAACCUACCGCCGAGGAAAACAAGACAUCUGCCGCAGGUGCUAGCAGCUCUUGCGGUCUCCUUAGCUCCAUUCUCAGCAGGUCUCGGCAAGGGUUACAGCUCACCAGCCAUAGCCUCGCUGCAGGGACCUGGAGCCAACGCCACGAGGAGGGAUUUUCAGCUCACUGAUCAGCAAGCAUCUUGGUUAGCUUCGCUGUCCUUCCUUGGAGCCCUCUUCGGCGGCAUGGCAGGUGGCGCCGCGAUGCGUCACGGACGUCGCCGCGUGCUCUCAUUGGCUGCGGCGCCUUGCAGCCUGUCCUGGCUUCUCACGACAGUAGCCACGUCAGUUCGGAUGAUGUGCAUCACUGCCUUCCUGGGCGGGUUUUGCUGUUCUAUAUUGACUAUGCUGUCUCAGGUAUAUAUCAGCGAAAUAUCAGUUCCCGACAUCCGUGGCUGCCUCAGUGCUGUGCUCAAGAUAGUCGGCCAUCUUGGCGUGCUCUUCAGCUUCACCAUCGGUGCCUACCUCGACUGGCAGCAGCUCGCUUUAUGCAUAUCCGCUGCCCCACUACUUCUCUUCUGCACAGUCCUAUACAUACCUGAAACACCAAGCUACCUCGUUCUCACUGGAAAAGACGAGGAAGCCUACAAAAGUCUCCUCUGGUUACGCGGUCCCAACUCUGAUGUAGCUCAAGAGUUGGCAACCAUACGCACAAAUGUUCUCGCUAGCAAGAACUUCAGUCAAAGACAGAGCCAAAUGUCUGGAAGUCAGCUUUUAAACUCCUUUGAUGUCAGAACCAUGAAUAGACUCUUAGGACCAAUUUUAGUGACUUGCGGUUUAAUGAUGUUUCAACGGUUUUCUGGGGCGCAUGCGUUCUCGUUUUAUGCUGUGCCCAUAUUUAGAAAGACUUUUGGUGGUAUGAACCCUCAUGGAGCAGCUAUAGCUGUCUCAUUUGUUCAGCUACUGGCUUCUUGUCUCUCUGGCUUGUUAAUUGAUACUGUAGGACGUCUACCGCUUCUUAUAGUGAGUUCUGUCUUAAUGUCCAUGGCAUUGGCUGGUUUUGGGAGCUAUGCGUACUACGAAGAGGUUCAUCGUAAUCAGAGAAUUCAGAAUGUCAUGUUCCAUCAGACUAUAGGACAGAAUGACUGGAUACCUCUGCUCUGUGUCCUAGUAUUUACUAUAGCUUUUUCUUUGGGCAUGAGUCCUAUCUCUUGGCUGCUGAUUGGAGAACUAUUUCCAUUGGAGUACAGGGCGUUUGGCAGUGCGAUGGCAACAGCGUUUAGCUACCUCUGCGCUUUUGUUGGCGUUAAGACUUUUGUAGACUUCCAGCAGACCUUGGGAUUGCAUGGUGCGUUUUGGUUGUAUGCCUCUAUAAGCGUUGGAGGCCUCUGUUUCGUAGUCUGCUGCGUUCCGGAGACCAAAGGCAAAGACUUAGAUGAAAUGGACCCCAAUUACGUGCAGAGUUUAUCGCCGAAGAGGUAAAAAGUUAAAAUUACUUCGUGUUUACUUGAUAGCUUUUGGUUUAGAAGUAGAUAAUGUAGAAAGGGUUAACAGUAGGAUUUGGGAUGGAAAACUAUAAAUAUUUGGAAUACUAAAAUUCUAUAUUAAAAGAAUGAGAACACCACAGAACGGCCUUCUUAAUGAAGUUCUAUAAAAUAGGAAUUGUCGUGUAACAUAGGCUAGAUAAAGUAAGAUAGAUCCCUAUAUUUAAAGUGGCUUAAAGAAUGCAAAGUUUUCAAGUAAACACGAAGCUUUGACAAUAAUUGUACGUAGGAACAAAAUUAUAUCGAAUCCACCGCGAAAUUUUGGCUGUGCUUUUAAACAUUUUUUAAUAAAAAAUACGCCUCAUAAUUUUAUGGUGGGCUAUCUUAAUCUUUAGAAACUUAGUGAAAGAUGAAAAUACCAGAUAUUAUACUCGCAUAUCCUCUAAUCCAUAUCUAAAUAGUUUGAUUUAAACAUAGUCCGGCUU